AUGGAAGGGGAGACGGUGCCCGAGGCCAGGAGAGCAGCCAGCAAAGCCACACGGAUCGCCCUUGGCGUCUUUGUGAGUGGCACCGUUGUGCUUGGCACUGCGCUUUUCUUGGUUAGCCAAGGUCUUAUAAAGUUUCAUCCGAAGCAACAGUACUGUUUGACUUCAGAAUGCAUUGAAGCUGCUGCUGCCAUCUUAAGCAAGAUAAAUCAGUCUGUAGAUCCGUGUGAGAACUUCUAUCGAUUUGCAUGUGAUGGCUGGAUAUAUAAUCACCCUAUUCCUGAAGACAUGUCAAACUAUGGUGUUUAUCCUUGGCUGCGACACAAUGUGGACCUCAAACUAAAGGCAUUGCUUGAGAAACCCAUCAGCAAGAGACGAGACAGUGAAGCUGUACAGAAGGCCAAGAUCCUUUACGCAUCCUGCAUGAAUGAGAAUAAAAUUGAAAAAGCUGACGUGAAACCCCUGUUAAGUAUACUGAGGCAUUCACCCUUCCGCUGGCCUGUGCUGGAGUCCAACAUUGGACCUGAAGGGCUUUGGUCAGAAAGGAGGUUUAGCUUAGUACAAGCCUUGGCAACUCUUCGUGGUCAAUACAGUAACUCCGUCUUCAUCCGUUUAUAUGUGGCUGCUGAUGACAAAAUCUCCCAUCGGUAUAUCCUGAAGCUUGACCAAGCAAGCCUCUCUCUUGCAUCUCGAGAGGAUUACCUAGAAAAUACCACAGAAGCCAAAUCUUACCGAGAUGCCUUUUUGCAGUUCAUGAUUGAUACAGCAGUGCUUCUGGGUGCAAACGCUUCACGAGCCGAAUCGGAUAUGAAGUCAGUUCUAAGACUGGAAGUUAAAAUAGCUGAGAUCAUGAUUCCAUAUGAAAAUCGAACAAGUGAGGUGAUGUACAAUAAAAUGAACAUAUCGGAGCUUAGUGCCAUGAUUCCACAGUUUGACUGGCUGGGAUACAUCAAGAAGGUGAUUGACACCAAACUCUAUCCUGAGCUCAAAGAUAUAGGUCCUUCAGAAAAUGUGAUUGUCCGUGUUCCCCAGUACUUCAAAGAUUUAUUCAGGAUACUAGAAAAUGAAAGGAAAAAGACUCUUGCCAACUAUCUGGUGUGGAGGAUGGUUUAUUCAAGGUUAUUUAACCUCAGUAGACGUUUUCAGUAUCGGUGGCUGGAAUUUUCUCGGGUGAUCCAUGGAACCACAACUUUGCUGCCUCAGUGGGAUAAAUGUGUGGACCUCGUUGAAAGCGCACUCCCUUACGUUGUGGGUAAGAUGUUUGUGAAUGCCCAUUUUCAAGAAGACAAGAAAGAGAUGAUGGAGGAGUUGACUGAAGGAAUUCGCUGGGCUUUUAUUGACAUGUUGGAAAAGGAAAAUGACUGGAUGGACUCUGAAACGAAAAGAAAAGCUUAUGAGAAGGCAAAAGCAGUUAUGGCAAAAGUGGGUUACCCUCAAUUUAUAAUGAAUGACACAUAUAUUAAUGAAGACAUCAAAACACUGAAGUUUACAGAAAGUGACUAUUUUGGCAACGUGUUGCAAACUCGCAAAUACGCAGCCCAAUCUGAUUUCUACUGGCUUAGAAAAGAAGUUCCAAAAACAGAGUGGUUUACAAGCCCGACUACUGUAAAUGCUUUUUAUAGUGCAUCUACCAACCAGAUCAGAUUCCCAGCAGGAGAACUGCAAAAGCCUUUCUUUUGGGGAACAGAGUAUCCUCGGUCAUUAAGCUAUGGUGCCAUAGGAGUAAUUGUUGGCCAUGAGUUUACUCAUGGAUUUGAUAGCAAUGGUCGAAAAUAUGACAAAAAUGGAAAUUUAGACCCUUGGUGGACAACUGACUCUGAAGAAAAAUUUAAAGAGAAAACAAAAUGCAUGAUUAAUCAAUACAGCAAUUACUACUGGAAGAGAGCUGGCUUACAUGUGAAAGGCAAGAGGACUUUGGCAGAAAACAUUGCUGAUAAUGGAGGUUUGCGAGAGGCUUUCAGGGCAUACAGGAGAUGGAUUACAGAAAAGAGGGGAGGAGAAGAAGAGCCUUUACUGCCAGGCCUUGAGUUCACACACAACCAGCUUUUCUUUCUGAGUUAUGCCCAUGUAAGAUGCAACUCCUUUAGACCAGAAUCUGCGAGAGAGCAAAUAUAUAUGGGAGCUCACAGCCCUCCUCAGUUCAGAGUUAUCGGUGCCAUGAGCAACUUUGAGGAGUUCCGCAAAGCUUUCAAUUGCCCAACAAAUACAACGAUGAACCGAGGGGCAGAAUCCUGCCGGCUCUGGUAG